AUGCUGCUCGGGCCAACGCCUCUCAGUGCUGUGCCGGCAGUGUCAUGGGUGCCCCACACCAGCACUUCGAGCAAAGUGCGCGGUGCACCUGUGGCACCAGCAAUUGGUCGUGCCGGUGCCGUCGCCUGCCUCGUCGCCGGCCUGUGCCGGAGGAGCCCAGUCCGCUGUGCUCAGCUCCAGGCGACGCCUGUGGGGCCCCGCGAAGACCUUGAAAAGCAGUGGCAGGAGUACUACGAGCGAGAUGAGCGAGACGCCGAAGAGGGCUGGGCGAUCGAUGUUUUGGACGAUGACACGUUGUUGAAGCAGAUCCUGACUCCGUCUCCGCGGCAAUCCAGAGUCGUUCGGCCAAUGCUCGGAGAUAAAGUCGCCAUUCACUUCACGGCGAGAGUUGUUGAUGGGGACAUUUUCGAGACUACCAGGGAGGAUAACACCGGACCUCUGAAGUUCCGAAUUGGGCAUGGCGAGGUGAUGCGAGGGCUGGAAGAGUCAGUCAUGAGCAUGAGCAAGGGCGAGAUCUCAAGGUUCUACAUCGCCCCAGAGCUGGCAUUCGGAGAUCAAGGUAGAGAUAAGGUGCCGCCGGGGUCUUCCCUGGAGUACGAGAUCGAGCUCGUUAACGUAGUGGACAUGGAUCCGGACGUGGACGAGUUUAAUGAAGAUAUUGAGAUCCCAAAAGACUUGGACAAGAUGGGCAAAAAUGAUGUCGGCGAAGGUGGCAAAGAUCCACUCGGGAAGUUCUAUUGGGAGAGACAUGGCCAGGACAUGCUCGUCUUCAUUCCCAUCGAUCCUGCCGUCUCGAGCAGGGAUGUCGACUGCUUGCUUUUGAAGACUCAUAUCUCUGCUGCAGUGGCCGGUGAAGCCAUUUUCGACGGAGAGCCCGGCCUGGAGAUCAACGAGGAUGAGAGUGAUUGGGAGAUCGAAAGCCGCGGUGGGCGAAGGGUUGUGUGCAUCCGCCUGCGGAAGGACCACGAGUUCAAACGAUGGCUGGGCGUCAAGGAAGAUUGUUCCAACUUCGACUCGCUGCCGGAUCUCGGGUUCGUCAUGGCUGGCCACACCUUGAAGCUGACAGCGGAGGAUUACGUCGACCGUGACGGCCAUACGUGCACGUUGUCGCUGAUGACCAUGGACGUGCCACCGCCGAAAGGGCCCCUCUUUAUCUUUGGCGAUCCUCUCCUGCGCAAGUACUACACGGUCUAUGACCGUGAAAACCUGCAGGUUGGCUUUGCAACGGCUGCGCAGCCAAGGACGGGGGCAGACAUCUUUUAUUCCGGGCCCUUCCUGGGAAGCGGAAAGGGCAGUAUUCCAAGGAGAUCCACCAUGGACGCGGAAGGCGAUGCUGCGAGGCGGUGUGCCGAAGAGGUGGAUUUCGGUGCGGACGGCGGCUUCUACAACAAGACUUUCAAGGUGUUCUGCAAGUCGACAGAGAUCAUAAGUGCAGGGAGCAGAGCACAGGCGACGUUCGAAUUCCCGAGCUGCAACCAACGGGACUUUAUGAAGCCUGGGCCUGUCCCAGUCCUGGUCCACGGCUUCAGGUCAGAAGCAGAGAAUGAUGUGCAGAAGGUUGCCACCAGCCUCAAAAGUCAAGCCCUCAUGGAUGCCAGCCCACUUCCUCCACGCUUCGGCUACAUUGCGAUCAAGAAGGCCUUUGUGGGAGCUCCCAGGAAAUCGCCGAACAGCCACUUGGACGGUCGACAGCUGGCAGCUAAAGUCCGCGGUCACAUGCCGCAGCCUGGGGCGGAGAGCUGUAUUCAGAAGUCCCCUGCCCAGUUUUCCGUUGCCGUCAAGAAGAGCGGCAUGCGCAAUUCGGACCGCUACAAGCUCAGCAGCGUGUCGGCUCUGCAGAGUAGCCAGCCGAUGCAGCUGGGCAGGCACGAGAAGCCCAGUGAGCAGCUUGUUGGUGGCACCAAGCGCUUCGUGAUUGUCCGCAACCUCACCCCGGAUGCAGUCAGCUCAGUCGGCUUCUGUCUGCUUCCUCCGAGGCAGCAGGGCAUCUUGUCGGCGCCAGUCUCCAGCUUUUUUCUUGUGGAUCUUCUGGCGUUGGUGCACGGUCACAAGGGCGGCCCACGCUGGGCCGCCCUGGAAUGCGCUUCGGAAGAGGACGCCAUGCGCCUUGCCAAAGAGGUCGCUGCAUUCGAGGUGCCUGCCGAGGCUUCGGGGCCAUUCCAGGUUGAGACGGCAGUUCGCACUGCAGUCGAGAAAGAGGAGAAGCUGAAUAAGGAGAGGGAGUUGAGAGGCCCCGGGACGAGCGGGGCCAUCACGGCCAUGGCCAUGGCGGCCAUGACAGAAGACCUGAGCGACGAGACGACCGUAAGGAGGAGCGGCGUGAAGACCGUCGCGAAGAGCGCCGGGAUGACAGACAAGAGCGACGAGACGACCGCCGGGAGGACCGACGGGAAGAUCGUCGAGAGGAACGCCGGGAAGAUCGUCGAGAUGAGCGCAGAGACGACCGGCGAGACGAGCGCCGCGAGACUCGCCGAGAUGACCGGCGAGAGGACCGGAGGGACGAGCGGCGAGACGACCGGCGAGAUGAUCGGCGAGAUCCGAGGGAACAUCGUGAUGACCGCCAGGAACGCACAGUUCGCUUGGAAGAUCGCCGUGAUGACAGGCGUGACGAUCGCAGAUAUGAGCGAAGAGAAGAUCGAGCAUAUGAAAGAGAUGAGAGGAGAGAUGAUCGCCAAGGUGACCGCAGAGGUGAUCGCAGAGAGGAGCGGUACCCGGAUCGUGAUGGGUAUGGACGACAGGAGCAGCGCUGGGACAAUCGUCAGGAGUAUUACCGACGCGAUCCCACGAAAGAGCAGCAGGGCUCCAGGCACUAUGAUGAUGGAUCCCAUCAUGGUCGGCAGGACGGACGCGAAGUCAGACGCGAUGAUCGGCGAGAUGACCGACGGGACGACCGUGGGCAAGAGCGCCGAGAUGAUCGGAGAUAUGAGGAGCGGCGUGACGACCGGCGAGGCGGGGAGCGCCCCCGCGAAGAGCGCUGGUCAGAGGGUGGCCAGCUCUGCGAAAACGAUCGAAGCCGGAUGGAGAGGACCCGUUCUCGGAGCCUGGGCCCUGGCAGAGGUUCUCGUUGUGAAUUCGCGCGAUGCCAAGAGCCAGCAGGCUGUGCGCAUCGCCAAGACCUGCUUCACAGACUGGAUGUCGGACGAGGAGGCCCAGCGCUUCCUGGGCCUCAUGAUCUUUCCGGCCAUUCCGACGGCGCAACCCGCCUUCUCCAACAUGAUGGCGUGUUCCUGCCAUGAUGUUAGAGACGAGGGGUUGCACGGUCGAGGUUGCCCAGAGCAGCGGCCGAUUUUGGCCAGCCAUGGACUGCUACUCUUACAUGUUAAAGUGCACGAUGCCAUGAAGCUUCUCGGUUGGGACCAAAACGCAUGCGAGAAGCUGCUGUCGGACUUCGAGUUCAUGGCGAAGUUGGCCGAGGAGGCAAAAUCAUCCAAGGCAUGCUCGUGGCCACCAAGAACCGAUUUGUCCGGCCGAGUUUUGAACGGUCCGGGCACUUGGGACCAUGGAUCCUGA